UACAUUCCAAACAUCGAAAAUUAUUAUUUCUAUUUUUAGAAAUUACAAAAACGAUAUAGCUACAAGUUAUUAAUAAGUGUACUGUGUAAAUAAAAAAAAAUAUAUGUACGGUAUAUAAUUUUUAUUAUUAUUAAAUCUGCUGCUAUAGGUGGUGACUGAACAUUGAUUAAUUAAAACAAUUAAUAUAGAAACAAAUGUGAUAUUUUGUAUCAAAAAUUAUUAUUCUGUACCUACUAAAUACGAUUGUGUCACAUAUACAUAUCUAUAUUAACAUUAAACGCUAUUGGUGGGUACCUAACAGGAAACAGGAAAUCCGAUAGCAGAUGGCAGUUGGGCAGUAAAUUACUACCUAUUGUGUUACCGGUGCUACAGAUGACAGGUGAAUUCAUUCGUGCGUUGACUCUUGAGUGUGGAUGUUUAAUAUUAAACUAAAAUAUUCGUUUACGAUUUUAUUUUGUCGUAUGUGUUUUUCUAAUUUCGAUGCAAAUACUUAGUAUUUUAUUCGCGUAUAACGGUAUUUUGAGUGUCUUUUAAAUUUAUAAAUAUUACCUACUUUCAAAAGCAAUUAAUACCAAUAUCUAUUUUUAUACCUAUUAUUAUUAUUAUUAUUAUUGCUUGUACAUUGUUUUUGCUUUUACUGUUCGUGAUGGACGAAGACAUACGAUAUCAACGCCUUCCUCAAUCAUUCUCUGUCAGAGAACUCGGAUCUUCAGAGGCCAGGGGCUUAUGGGGAAUCAAACACACGCGGAAACCAGUCGAUUUGAUGGUAGCUAAAGCUAAAAGUUCGUCAACACCCUUACAGCCACAAGUCGAACUACGAAUCACCGAGGACGGAUGUGAAAUUAUUGGGGACAAAUUUAGAAAAAAAUUUCCUAUUCACACAGUUUCUUAUGGGGUUCAAGAUUUGGUUUAUACAAGAGUUUUCUGCAUGAUAGUCGUUAAAGAACAAAUAAGUACAGACAGAAAACCGUUCGAUUGUGUGGCGUUUGUCUGCGAAAGUCGUCAAGCUGCAAGAAAUUUGACUUAUACUUUAGCAACAGCAUUUCAAGCAUACAGCAGGAAAGUACGUAGUACUGGAACAUCUAAAUCUCGCUUUGCCAUUGAUUUAAGAACAGCUGAUGAACUAGAAAUGGAUCUUAAGAAAGUUGACUCUGAGGCAUAAUAUUAUCAUAUUGAUAGUUUUGUUUUAGUAUUAAGUUUAUAAUUAUGUUUGAUUUAUAAAUGUUUUUGUAUUAUAUAAAUUUAAAUAUUAUUUAAAAAAAAAAUGGUUUUGAUACCUGCACUAUGACUCUUACCUUAAGAUUUUAUUAUGAUUUAUUUUAACUAUUACUUAUUAGUAUUAAACAUAGGUAAUUACAAAUAUAGUUGUGGUACUUAUCAAUAGAUUUUAAUUAAAUAGUAUUAUAAAAAACAUUUUUUAAAUUUGAUAUUUUAAUUUGGUUUUUGGUAAUAUUAUUUAUAUUUAUAAACUACCUUUGUUAUUAUUUUUAUAAAUAUUGAUACUUAAUAUUAUAUUUAAUACACUAUUAAAUUAAAAUAUUGUUACUAUUAUUAUUAUAUGAUGGACCUAAAAAUUUACAAGAAUCUAUCGUGAUCAAU